CCAACAAUGAAAACAAAUUCUUGAGUCAACUGUCAUUCAGAUGACUGUACGAGUAGUGUAUCCGCCUUGAAAUUAGUGUUUUUUGUGGAAAAAAGUAGCACUAGCAGGGUCCACCAUGGCGAACCAGGUGCAGGCCUUGUAUGACUUCACAGGGGAGCCUGGGACAACAGAAAUGACCAUAACAUGUGGAGAAAUAUUAACACUUAUGAACACAGACAUUGGUGAAGGAUGGUGGGAAGGGAAAAACUCUAAAGGACAAACAGGCUUAUUUCCUGCAGCAUAUGUACAGAAACUCAGCCCAGAAGAAAACACACCUGCUAAAAUGGCCCCGCCUGCACCUAGAUAUGACCAAGCGGCUGAUGAUUGGAGUGACCAACAAUAUAACGCUGGAGAUAGUAACUACCAUAAAUCAACAUCACAUGAUGAUGGGUGGGAAGAUGAUUGGGAUGAAGACACUUAUUCUGAAAUAGGCCCGGGUGCUCCCAACACUAAAUCUAUGAAUCAACAAGCACCCCUUACUCCUUUACCAGGAAUGCCCAUUGCAGAUUACAAUAGCCAGAUAGAUGAUGGUACAUCCAACUUUUCUUCAGUGGGAACUGUAAGAAAAAGUAAGUUUGCUCCAUCAUCCAAAGUCAGUGGAGAAAGUUACCUAUUAGGAACAUUAAAUGUAGAGGUCCCAGAAUCAGAUAAAGUUUAUAUAGUUCAAGAGGGAGAUGGAUACAUUUGGGCAGCCAUUCCCCAGCCAUAUAAUGUGACAGUGGCAUCACCAAAAAAAGAGUCAAAGUUCAAAGGUAUAAAAAGCUUCAUUGCAUAUCAGCUGACUCCUUCCUUUAAUAAUAUACAGGUUUCCAGAAGAUAUAAGCAUUUUGAUUGGCUGCAUGAGAGGUUGCAGGAAAAGUUUACACUUGUGCCAAUCCCACCAUUACCAGACAAGCAAAUUGCUGGCCGGUAUGAUGAACAGCUGAUUGAACGUCGAAGAGUUCAGUUACAAGAGUUUGUAGACUGGAUGUCGAAACAUCCAGUACUAUCAAAGUGUGAGGUGUGGCAGCAUUUUCUAACUUGUACAGAUGAAAAGCGUUGGAAAGCUGGAAAGAGGCAGGCGGAGAGAGAUAACUUGUUAGGCUUAAACUAUUGUAUAUCACUAGUUGUACCUGAGAAAGCUUUAUUACAAACACAGGUGGACCACAUAACAGAACAAUGCCAUACGUUUGUAAAUAGUAUGGACUCAUCGGUAAAAUCAGUCACAAACAUGUGUCUUGCACAAACUAAAAGAUUCCAGGCACCAUACAAAACAGAUUGCCAAAAAGUUGGCGAGGCUUUUUAUAAUUUAGGAAAUGCACUGAGUUUGGAUGAAGGUACUGUAAUUUCAACAUCUAAACUUACAUCUGCAAUUAAAUUAACUGGUGGUGCUUACAUAGAAAUUGGUAGGAUGUAUGAAGAGCAGCCUAAAUAUGAUUGGGAGCCCCUCGGAGACAAAUUUCACUUGUACAAAGGAAUUGUAGGAUCAUUCCCGGAUGUACUAGCUAAUCACAAAGCAGCUGUUCAAAAAAAGCGAGAGUGUGAAAGAUUGACCGCCGAACACAAAAUGGAAGUAGCACAGUUGAAUGAAGUAUUAAGGAGAACUGAUGUUAUAUCGUAUGCUCUUCUUGCUGAAAUAAAUCAUUUUAAACAAGAGAGAACUGUAGACCUCAAAGCCACAAUGCAAAAGUUCUUGAGACAACAAAUUACUUUUUACAAAAAAAUUGUUGAUAAACUGGAAAUGACAUUACAACAGUAUGAUGAAUAGUGAUAUGGAAUGACUGAUGGUGGAAUCGCUAGUUUCUUGUCAACGUUUUAAAAAUGGACUAUUGCCAUUAUUUUAUAUAAUAUUAUAUACUAUUUCAUAAUAUUGUUUUCGUAUUGAUGUAUUGUAGGUAACUGAAAUCCGAAGGAUUUCGAUAGACUUUAAUAAUGAAUCAAUCAUGUGAUGAAAGUGACUGAAUGUAAAAUAAUGCUUAAAGACACAAAUCUGUUUAAUUUCUUUCUUUAUAUACUGAGAUGUUAUGUAUAUACUUUACUAUCUUAUAAUUUCCACAAAACAAUAUUUUUUACCACUCUAUACAAAUUUUAUUUGAAAUUUACUAAUUGUCAAUUAUGGUAUGUUUAUUUAGCUUUAGUGUUGUAAUAUUCCAUUUUGAAAUUAAGGCUGGUAAUGCUAAUAAACAGUAAAACCGA